AGUAUUUGCACCGAGUGACUUUCCACUCGCGCGUUUGAAUAGCCGACGGCUGUGAAUCGCGCGGCGCCCGGAAGUGUGAGCCCAUCAUGUGCGCUUCUGGUCUUGAGAAGAGCAAUGAGAAGGUUGUGAACACGAAGGUCUUGGAAAAGCAACUUCAGAAGCUUCUUGCGGGGUCCAGUCACCUGCAGGUGCACGCCCAAGCAUCGCUGAAGCUGCUGAUGCGCAAGAAGCUGCGCAGCAAGAUUGGCAGCAGGUUUGAGGCCAAGCUCGACAAGUUCGACGGCAAGCUGGAGGAGAAGCUUGAGAACAAGGAGAAUGAGUUGGAGAGCAAGCUGGACUAUGAGGACGAGCUGGAGAACAAGCUGGACGUCAAAGCAACUCCGGCAUCACAGUGGAUGAGGCAGAUCUCGGCUCCGGCUGCCGUGCAACAGAUGCAAGAGGUCAAGGAGGUGCAGCCGGAGGAGGAACGACCCGUCAUGCGCCGUGAAGCCAAGAGCGCCCUCCUGCACCAUUCAUCGACCUGCCCAGGCUAUGGUCGUCCGACGCCGGGCUUCUGGCCGAGCUUCGUGGUGGAGCUCUUCCAGAACGUCCGCCGGGAGAAGCCCGUGGAAGCUGCAUCUGAGAGCGGCUUCCGACUGAUGUGCGGCUCCUUUCAGAUGCCUCACCCACAGAAGGCCAGCACCGGUGGCGAGGACAGCCUUUUCGUGUGCCCCAACGGCAGCGCCGCAGGCGUGGCUGAUGGGGUUGGCGAAUGGCAGUGGCGCUUUGGCCUCGACCCGCGGGCCUUCGCCGAUGAGCUGAUGCACGGUGCACGCACUGCUGGUGAGCAGACGCAGUUUCAGGUCGGCUUAGCUGCUGAGACGCGCGCUGCGCUGAUGCUCUCGGAGGGGUACCAGGCCACAAGCUCGUUUGGCUCCGCGACCGCCUUGGUGGCAGCGCUGGAUCCGAGUGGAGAGGCCAAGUUGGGGGUUGCGAACCUGGGCGACUCGGGCCUGAGGGUGCUACGUUGGAGUGAGCCCUCUGUAGACUCGCCCAACUCGGUGCACAUAGCCUACCGUACGUCAGAGCAGCAGCAUGCUUUCAACUGCCCAUUUCAGCUGGCACGGCUUCCUGAACCCAAGGACUAUGCGGGACUCCGUGCUCAGGGCAUGGGUUCUUUGGUGCGGGCGGUGGAGAAGUCGGGCUGCUCCAGUCAGGACUUGCCCGCUAGCGCGGAUGCUUAUACCUUCGAGGUCCAAGAGGGUGAUGUGGUGCUGCUGGGGACAGAUGGCUUUUUUGACAACCUCCACGACGCAGAGGUUUGCGAGUUGGCGCACUUAUCUCUUGAGGCGACUUUCAGGAGCAACGAGAAGUCUGCGUGGCAGAUCGACCCAACAAGGUUGGCCCAGGCCUAUGCGGAGGCAGCUCGCGUGCGCUCGGAGGAUACCGCAGCCCGGACCCCCUUUGGCGACCUCGCACGUCAAGCUGGAUUGCAGCACAUGGGUGGCAAGAUGGACGACAUAUCCGUGGUUGUGGCAGUUGUCGUCAAGGUUUGAGAGAGAGCAGUUGAUCCCAGUGCUGUCCACCGGCAGCUUUGUCAGGCCUAAAAUGCCCGAAGUGCAUUACAGUAUUUUUAGAACCUUGCAAAGCGCGUGCUUGGCCAUGUCACACAACGUGACUGCCAGUAUGGGUGGACGCGAUGCAGGCGCACACAGCUCACAGCACCCAAGCUUUGCAUCCCGGUAAUUCAGCCACAAGGACGGGCCAAGAUAGGGGAGCCCUCAGGGGACCUAUCCGUUCAGCUCCUCAUCGUUUCAAGAGCGCAGGCCAUGUAUUCCAGUGCCCCACUGCUGUUCUGGUGUCUUUAGGACGUGCA